UUGACUUAAUGAAUGAGACUUGGCGUAUGGUGUACAGGCGAUGCCAAGUCAAUCAUGUAACUCUUCUCCACACUACUUGUGGAUCUCUUGGUUCCUCCGGUCUGGUGCAACACUUAUGUUCACUGCUGGUACUCUGCACAGCUACGGUUCUCAAUAACAGGAUACACCGCCCCAGCUGCUAACGUUAUGGUGAUCAAGAGUGGUCUACUUUCCGGUAAUGUGAGCCCUUUGCUGUGGUCUAAAACUCACGGAGUCACGUGUUAUCUUGCGCGUUUGAUUACUUGCGGAACGUGGGUCACGUUUAAAACGGAAAGCUUCGUGGGAGGUGUCAUUUUCUCUUUCAGCCGAGUCGCAAUCCGGACACCGAGGCGACUACCAUGACCUUCCGUGCCAAACAAACGUUCCUCUUUCUGACGUCUGUGUUAUUUCUCCAUGUCGCUGCUGACCUACAUGCUCCAGAAGUGCACACGAAGCUCGGGGCACUCAGAGGCCAGUAUGUGAGCGUGAAGGGGAAGGAGACCGGGGUCCAUGCCUACCUGGGCAUCCCAUUUGCCAAGCCCCCCGUAGGCCCUGCUCUGAGACUGUCUGCACCCCAGCCUGUAGAGGGCUGGCAAGGAGUGAGAGACGCCACCCAGCAGCCAGCCAUGUGUGUUCAAGACAAACAGCUACUUAUAGAUCUGCUUGAUAAACUCGGUGGCAUGUUGCUUGCUGUUCCAGACAUUUCAGAGGACUGCCUUUACCUCAACAUUUACAUUCCUGCAAAGAAAGCUCUCAGUGCCAAGCUCCCAGUCAUGGUCUGGAUCCAUGGUGGAGGGUUCUCCAUGGGGUCAGCUUCAAUGUUUGAUGGCUCCGCCCUGGCUGCUUACCAGGACGUGGUUGUGGUUCUGAUCCAGUACCGCUUGGGAGUUCUGGGCUUUCUCAGCACUGGAGAUGAGCACUUGUCGGGGAACUUUGGACUGUUGGACCAGGUGCAAGCUCUGAGGUGGAUCCAGCAGCACAUUCAUAACUUUGGUGGAAACCCAGAUUUAGUCACCAUAUUUGGGGAGUCUGCUGGUGGCAUAAGUGUAUCCCUCCUGCUUCUCUCGCCAUUGUCUGAUGGCCUGUUCCACCAUGCCAUUGCUGAAAGUGGCACUUCUGCAAUGGAUAUAUUCCUCACAACUGAUCCCCUCUCAGUGACGAAGGUGCUAGCAAAUGGAACCGGCUGUAGCCACGAAAGCACAGAGAAGAUCGCUGAUUGCAUGAGAAACCUCGAUCUUGACAUAAUUCUGGCGACUGCGCAUGAUGACAAAUUGAUAACUUCUUUAAAUAUUGAUGGAGUCUUCCUGACAAAACCUGUGAGUGAGCUGUACCAUACACGUGAACUACUCACAAUACCGUUCAUGACCGGCGUCACUAAUGAUGAAGCGGGCUACAUGCUUCCUGACUUCUUUGCUCCUCCAAACUGGAUGGAGGGAAUGGAUCGGGAGCACAUCAUGAACGUGCUGUACCUCUUCUUCCCUGAUCCCAAAGACGAGAUCAUCAGAGAGUUGCUGGUAGAUGAAUAUGUUGGAAGAGGCGAAGAUCGUGUGAAAAAUAGAGAUGGGUUCACUAAGAUGUUAGGCGAUAUGCUGUUCACCAUUCCAGCCAUUAAGACUGCUAAAGCCCACACAGAUGCCGGUGCCCCUGUGUACCUGUACGAGUACCAGCAUUCUCCCAAAUUCCUGCUGGAUAGAAGGCCAAGCUUCGUUGGCAGUGACCAUGGAGAUGAACUUUUUUCAGUAUUUGGAUGGUGCUUCACAACUUCCCAUGUCACAUUAGCCGUGCCAUGCACUGAAAGCGACGAACGGUUGAGCAGAAUCAUGAUGAGCUACUGGGGGAACUUUGCUCGCACAGGGUCUCCUAAUGGUGACGGCCUUGUCCACUGGCCACAGUAUGGAGCAGAAGAAUACUACUUGUCAAUUGAUGCGGAGGAGCAGGUAACUGGUCGGCACCUGAAGAAGGACAAGUUUGUCUUCAUGACUCAGACUCUCCCGGAGAAGCUCCGAGAAUACAAAGAGAAGAUGGAGCGCAGCGAGCUGUAGAACGGUCUCCUCUCCUUUCUUUGUUCCAUCCACUUCAACGACAAACAUUAGAAAUACUGGAAUACAUUUGUUAAACUGAUGCGAUAAUUGUCAUUUUGAAAGAUCUUGAACAUCAGUUUGAAUCAAAGGUAGAUGGCCUUAGGAAAUACUUCUUUCUGUCACAGCUCGGUUACUUCUAUCUAGCCUUUUCCUCAUUUCACUCACCUAAUCAGUUCAUUCAGUGCACCUGCCAGUCACACUCGCCUCAUCACUCUCACCUGCUCACUCUGCC